GCGCGCGUUAAAGCAUUAGGGUUUUCGUUGGCUGUGAGGCUACCCACUGAAGUCUUCAGUAUUCCUUUGGUUCUCCUCUCUCCUCCUCUCCAAGUAAUCUGGAAAAAAAAUAAAAAUCAAACCUUUUUUCUCGCCGAUUUUCUCUGAAAUUUUUUUCUUCCCCAUUGAUCGUGGUCUUUGAUUGAUCGAACAGAAUCUCUUUCGGGGCUUUCCCGGUAGAUUUAUAAAAUGGUUGAGGCAGAGCGCCGCCCGGAGAAUCUCUGGAUUGCUUCCGGGAUGCCGUCUCCGGCGGAAACUGAAAUCCGUGAUUUUUCGAUCAUAGAUUCGACAGCAGAUGCGAGAGAAUUUGGACUGCAAAUAGUUUCACGGCCUCAGAAGGAGAGGAAGGGUUCGACGGAGGAGAAGCUAGGGCUGACGGAAAGAGUUUUCUCCGCCGCCGGAGCUGCGUUUUUGUCCGCCGUUAUUCUAAACCCUCUCGACGUCGUCAAGACUCGUUUGCAAGCUCAAGCUGCCGGAGUUUCUUACUCUCACCCACUCAGUUACGCCAUUGGCCGCAUGGCGUUUUUUGGACCGAACAUGAUGUUUACAGACUUGAGAUGUUCGCCCUCAUGUUCACGCGCUGGUGUUCAUGGUACCGUCUCUAUUUGCCCGCCAGAUUGCUUCCAGUACAAAGGAACUAUUGAUGUCUUCACCAAGAUCAUACGACAGGAGGGCAUGGCACGCCUGUGGAGAGGGACUAAUGCUGGUCUAGCCAUCGCUGUGCCCAUGGUUGGGAUUUAUCUCCCUUUCUAUGAUAUGUUUCGCAACCGGAUGGAAGAGUUCUCUCGGGAGAAUGCGCCUUCUACGACCAUGUUUGUGCCUCUUGUGGCUGGGGCCUUGGCACGGUCCCUAGCUUGUACAGUCUGCUAUCCAAUUGAGCUUGCGAGGACACGUAUGCAGGCAUUCAAAGAAGCUAAAGCUGGUAUGAAGCCUCCUGGAGUUGUUAAAACACUGGUUGGUGUUGUCUCCGAAGUCAGGACAGCAAAUAACCUUGACAUUAGCUUGCACAAUUAUCGUGUUCUCUGGAGAGGCUUGGGUGCACAGCUUGCGCGUGAUGUUCCAUUCUCAGCAAUCUGCUGGGCAACUCUCGAGCCAAUGAGAAGGAGGCUUCUUGGGAUCGUGGGAAAUGAUACAAACGCUCUUGGUAUUCUUGGUGCAAACUUUUCCGCUGGUUUUGUAGCUGGGAGUAUCGCUGCUGCCACUACUUGUCCUUUUGACGUUGCAAAAACAAGAAGACAGAUAGAGAAGGAUCCUAGUAGGGCGAUGAGAAUGACUACAAGACAGACACUCAUAGAGGUUUGGAGGGAUGGAGGGAUGAGAGGGCUGUUCACGGGAAUGGGACCAAGGGUGGCUCGUGCAGGACCAUCGGUAGGGAUAGUGGUUUCCUUCUACGAAGUGGUCAAGUAUGUUCUGCAUCGCCAAUACUCUUCAUCAUGACCCAACAAAGGCACUAGACAAAUCUUACACGUGAAUGUGGAUACGGCUUUAGGUUAUAGCAACUUUUGUAACAACAUAUUAAUAAGUUAAAUCAGGCUCAGUCCUCUCCACCAAAACCUUGUUUACUCCGUUUUUGAGCCGGAAUUUUUGGUCAGUUAAAUUACCGGCGGUUCAAUCCGGUUUUCUUGGUU